AUGUAUCUUCCUUUCCUCUUGGUUUUUAUAUCUCAGACUGUCGCUUUCAAUGCCCCAUCUGAUGUCCCGACUUGGUGCGGAAAGCCAUACAUGAGCACAAACCACUCGUUAGAUCCAGGAGGGCAGUUUAAAUUCCCAGAACCUCAGUAUGAUCCACUACUCUAUGUGACGAUACAACCUCGAUACUCGAUUUUCCUUGAGAGUGACGAAGAAGGAACUUUCAUUGUUGAUGCCAGUAUAUCCCAUGUUUUUGGCGGGUCAUAUACAAAUACUACCUUUAAUACACCUGGAAGCAAUAUCAGCACCCCUUUCACGACGCUUGAUAUUGAACUUUACAAUGAAGAGUCAGCCUUACGCAGUCUCCAUCUAUGCCACUUCCCUGACGGCCAACAAACUUACGCUGCAAGCACUAGUGUCUUUGUAUUACCAUCACGUGAAUAUGGUAGUGCCGUGAAAAUCGAUAAUCUCUUUGGAGGACUCUAUGUUCAAAAUGACAAAAAUGAUUGGAACGGCUGGUAUGCAAUCUUUCCAAAUGGAUAUUACGCCGACGGUUCUUACGUAACACCCGACAACGUCUCGCUGGCCAAUCUCGAGGCAUAUGCAGCACUCGGUUUCAACACCAUAAAUAUUGUUCCAGACGGUGGUCUUCCUGAUCAAUCUUAUCCCAUUGCACAACUCACAGAGUAUUGGGAUAAAUUGGAUGAGCUAAACCUUUUCAAUCUCUACGAUAUGCGAUUUGCGUUCCAAAACUCAACACGCAUUUCGGAACAAGUAGCUCUCUGGCAGAACAGGACUACUCUUCUCUCUUGGUAUACCGCUGAUGAGCCAGAUGGAUGGGCAUAUCCUCUAAACUCUACACAACUUGCUUAUUCGCAACUUAAAUCACUAGAUCCAUAUCAUCCCGUCAGUCUCGUUCUCAAUUGCCAGAAUUUCUACUAUCCCGAAUAUUCAGCGGGUGCGGAUAUAAUAUUUCAAGACGCCUACCCGGUUGCGAUAAACGCCACUUGGUCUAUUCCGUGGGGAACUCCUUGCAAUGAAACUUAUGGAGAUUGUGGAUGCGACAACUGUGUUGGAGAGUUAGAAGACGUAGCGACUCGACUUGAUGAUAUUCAAAAUUACCAAGCAAACAUAGGACCAGGGAGUCAAGGAGGCCUAGGUAAACCCACAUGGUCAGUAGUUCAGGCGUUUGGAGAAUCGCAGUAUUGGCAAAGUAUACCGAGUGCAGCGGAAGUAGAAGUAAUGAUGAUGUUGAGUGUGAACCAUGAUGCCAAGGGAAUUACAUAUUGGAUUUAUCCAAGUACAGAUUCUGCCAACGCUGGGAGUGCAGAUUUGGGUAAGGUGUUGCAGAAUGCACCUGCGAUUGAUUUCCUGUUUGGGACCAACGCAAUCAAAGGACUAGGAAAUGGGUUGCUAGAUGUAAGUUUGUGGGUUGUAGGAGAACAGAUGAUGGUUGGCAUCGUUAAUGGAGAGUAUGUUCAAUCCGUAGACAAGAUCAUGAUAAGUUUGCCAGGAAAUGUGGUAUCCUUAAAUCGGACUCUGUAUGGGGACUCGGGCUGGAUGGUCAGUAAUGGUAAACUGUCGAAAUCAGGUCUGGUCGGUUUGGAAGUAGAUAUUCUGGUGGUAAAUCUUAAAUCUAUCACUACGUUGUUCGAGAAUGAUAGUGGAGGUAUCUAUAGAGAUGAACUAUGA